GCAGUAGUUGAGUUGGGCUGCUGUGUCUGGCAUUGAGGCUCUCUUUGGGGCUCUCACAACAACUGGGCUUCCUCGUCCUCCCAUGUCCUCAUCCUCCUCUUCCUCCUCUGCUUCUUCUUCAUCUUCUUCUUCUUCUUCUGCGCUUCCUCCAUUUGCUUGCAUGCUCACGCGCGGGUGGAUCCACCCUCAUUGAAGCUUCAGCCUGAUCUAAGAUGUGAAGAAUAUCUAUGUGUUUUGGAAGUGUUUAUGGUUUAAGGAUUUGGACCUUGCAGGAGUUUAUUUGGUUUCGUUUUGCGUCUUCGUUUUCAGUAGGUGGUUCGGAUCUGGCCUUUGAUCGUGGAUUUCUUUUGAUCAGAGUGGAUGGCAUCGGUCCCGUAGUUUUUCCCUGUUCUGAAUGAUGCUUUUUUUUUCGUUAGGUUUUGGAAAGUGGGGAUUCUUCUUCUGGAAGGUCUAUAGGUCGCGUUGUAGAGGCCCAACAAUGGCGCACAAGGCCGACGAUGAGUAUGACUAUCUCUUCAAAGUAGUGUUGAUAGGAGACUCAGGCGUCGGAAAGUCUAACCUUCUUUCCAGAUUUACACGCAAUGAGUUCUGCCUGGAGUCGAAAUCCACUAUCGGUGUGGAGUUUGCUACUCGUUCCAUUCAGGUUGAUGGGAAGACUAUCAAAGCACAAAUUUGGGAUACAGCAGGGCAGGAAAGGUACAGAGCGAUCACGAGUGCUUAUUACAGAGGAGCUGUGGGGGCUUUGCUUGUAUAUGACAUCACAAAGCAUGUGACUUAUGAGAAUGUCGAGAGGUGGUUGAAGGAGCUGAGGGAUCAUGCUGACUCGAACAUUGUGAUCAUGCUGGUGGGCAACAAAUCAGACCUCAGGCACCUCAGAGGAGUGUCACUUGAUGACGCUCAAUCAUUUGCAGAGAAAGAAGGUCUAUCCUUUAUUGAGACAUCGGCUUUGGAGUCGACCAAUGUUGAGAAGGCAUUUCAGAGGAUUUUGACAGAGAUUUAUCGAAUUGUGAGCAAGAAAGCGUUGGCAUCAGAAGAGAACGCUACUGAAGGCCCUGGACAGGGAACCAACAUUGUUCCACUUGACAGCAAUUCUCCAGACUUGAAGAAGAAAGGGUGUUGCGGAGAUUAGAACCUAAGGGUUCUACUCGUUGAUUGUCAUUCAUCGACAGGGUGUGGAUUGACACUUGAAGUUGUCUUAUGCAGUGCUUUUUCCUCGCUCUACCGGCUUUGAUCCCCAUAUUGUAGCGAUGAGUAUUUUUUUUUUUUUGUUGUCAGAAGAAAUUGAAGUGUCUUUUAUCUUUGGGUAAGGUGCACUAGUUACGAUCAUCAAUGAUUGACUCCUUUGUAUUAAUUGAAGGGUGUCAGUGCGACUAUUACAUUGAUACAGUUAGAAGGGACGUACAUUUACCUUUUUUCUAGAUUCAUAGCGGACUGGCCAAGCGGUUAGUCUCUGCAGCUAAGUCAGCCAGCUGCCAUAAUUUGAGAGUGUGGAGGUGUCAGAUUUGCAUUCCGCACGACUCUCAAAAUGUUGUGUAGAACAUAUAUUACAUUGUUUAACAGGCUGUUUGGCAUGGCCCGUCUGGUUUCAUACAAGACGUCGUCUAUGAUCACGAGUUAUGUUCUUUCUGUAUCUAACAGCCUUUUAAAAAGAGCUCAGGUUAUCGAUUUUA